CCGCAAAAGAGACUCUACAGAAGGAUCAACAGGGCCUCCUCCGCUCUAUCAUCUACCAAAUCUUGUGGAAGUGUCCGGAUCUCAUGCCAGAGGUUUACAGAGAGUGUUGGCCGCUCAAUGGACGCUCUCUGGCUUUCCCUUAUAAAACCAAAAUUCCAACAUCAACAGAAGCUCUUCUCGCAAAGAUGGAGCUGAUAUCCACGAAGCAAAACCUACGAAUCGCAUUGUUCAUCGACGGGCUAGACGAGUACGAAAGAAAGCCCACGGAAAUCAUUGCGUUCAUCAAGAUUUUGCAGUCCAUGCCUAACGUCAAGAUCUGCGCAUCGAGCCGGCCUUUAAAAGACUUCGAAAGCUUCUUCGAGCCGCGGGUCUCAGAGAAAGUCUACAUGCAAGACCACAAUAGCGAAGACAUGAGAGCGUUCAUCGAGGAUUCACUCCGCCCUGAUCUGGACCAUCAAGAGGUCGCAAGGAAUCGUGACCUUGAGAAGCUUGUACAAGAAACGACUAAAGCAGCCCAAGGCGUCUUUCUUUGGGUGUGUCUUGUCGUGGAAUUCUUCAAAGAGGCAUUGGCCAGCGGCGAUAGCGUUAUCGACCUGCAAGCUAUGCUUAAGGAAUUCCCUACUGACCUAGACGGGGCAUUCGAGAAGGUUCUCUUUGGCGUAGAGAAUGUCUGCCGCGAGCAAGCAUUGCAGAUGAUGCUAAUCACUCAAGAAGCACAGAAGGAUCUCCCUAUGCUUCUAUACUGGUUCGUCGACCAAGACAUAGAUUGGGAAAAGGAAUUGGAGCCGUUCGACGGAAUAUCAACGAAGCGGUACAACGACCAGAUGCACAAACGGCUCAACGCCUGCUGCAAAGGCCUGCUGGAGGUUCAGCGAAUCCAAAAAUGCCCGGCUUCUGUUGUACGCUCGCCUACGCAUUAUUUCGAACACCCUCGCGUGGUCUUCUUGCACCGCUGCGUACGAGACUAUUUCCAGGCCUUCAGGGCGAAGGAACGUCUUCUGAACUGGAGUAGCGGUGACUUUAGCGCCGAUGAAAGCAUCUGCCAGGGACUGCUUUGCAUGGUCAAGGCUAUGCCAAAAGAGACAAACAAUGCCAAACUGGAUACGCUCACCAAGCUGCUCUGGACCUUUUUUGGCCACGCCGUCACGUUGGAGGGCUCUCAAUUCAAAAAUAAACUGAUCGAGCAUUUGGAUACUGCAGUGGCUUCAUUCCACUACAGCCCACAAACCAUCAGUUAUGUUUACACUUCGACACCACUGGCGAUACAAGCCACGGCACUGCCAGCACCUUUUACAAUGCAGCGCGGAACAAUGCCACUAAGGGGAGACAUCGAUUCGCUAUUCGCGCUCAGCUGGUUCUGCGGCCUCAAGCAAUCCGUGGCAUGUUUUCUCCGCCAAAGCCAAGAGCAAAAGGCCCUGAAUAGAGCUUUCCACAAAGCGAUGUGGACAUUCGACUCCGCUUUUGUGCACUUCGUCCUAGCGCACGGGAACCCAAGCCACAGAACAGGCAUCCACACAGCGGUAUCGGCAUUCCUGAAAGACUUUUGCGAGAAUGCGCAAAUGCCGGGCGACGGCUCUUCUCAAGCAGAGAAAGGCAUCUACGAUACCAUCAUGAGCCUAUUCGACAACGAAGCCAAUCUUGCUACCAGACGCUCUUCGGCAUUGGCAAGCGACCAUGCGGAGAUCCAGAGUCUCCGGCGCGCGCUUUCCAACGUCCUAACAACCGAGCACAGCGACGCCAUCGUUGACGUUUUCAAGAAUGUCAGCCAUCUGGCCUAUGAUGAUGUGAAGCAGUCCCGCAUUCCACUUCUCGAAGACACGGUCGGGUUUCACGGAUAUGGGAAUCCAAACAGCAAAUUCCCAGAGAUUCAGAGUCAUGUAACGGGGAAGGCACUGGAAGCGCAUGAUGAUCAGAAUGCAGAAAAGGCCGUUUUCUCUGCUAAGCGCACCAGACCAAGGCGUGGAACUGGAAAAUUCACUGUGAUGCUGCGGAAAGGGUUGAUUUGCUGGAGAGAAUAAAGGGAGGAAUGUUGACAGUUAACGUAACGCUCAGCUUGUUUACCGCGAUCGGCGUUGUGGCUUAGGGUAUCUGUCGGAGUUCAGCGGAGUCAGUAUUCGAGGGGACCAGUACAAUACCAAGGGUAGCGAAUAGGGUUUUUCUUUUAAAUGUCCAGUCUCAUACAAUGAGGACGUUUCUUUUCACACGUA